AUGGAACUAUUCCCCGUGCUGCACGAGCUCUCUGAACGGGCAUCCCGAUACAGUGUUAAUCUCAACGGCCGAGUCACUCGCACCUUGGGAAGGAAUCCUCUGCGCGGCGGUACUGCUUGUGUACACCACGGUACAUUGAAGCCGGAAGGUACCGAAGUGGCAAUCAAAAUCUUCUAUUGCACACGGUCAGGGAGCGAGGCUGAUUUGAAGGUACUGGCAGGAUUCCCGUUGGUCGUUCUUACCCGAGCUGAGUCUUUCUCAUUCAAGCGCCUAUUUCGAGAGGUGCAUACAUGGUCGAAGCUGCGUCACGAGAACAUUGUUCCCAUGCUUGGGAUCUCUACAGAAUUUGACUCCACACUUUCUAUAGUAUCUGAUUGGAUGCCAAUGGGAGACGCGCGCACGUAUAUCCAAAACGCAGAAAAUGAUCCGCGGCCCCUGCUUCGAGACAUCGCGAACGGGCUGUACUAUCUUCAUAGUCAUGAGUUGGGUCCAGUGAUCCAUGGAGAUCUGAAGGGUCCAAAUGUGCUGGUGUCCAGUGAUCGCCGGGCGCUACUGAGUGACUUCGGUCUUUCCACCCUAAAUGUGUCCACCUUCAACAUGACCACUGAGGCCACCCGCGGAGGCUCGUUUCCUUGGAUGGCUCCAGAGCUUAUAAAUGACUGUGUAGCAUCCAAGGAAAGUGAUAUGUGGGCAUAUGGAAUGACUAUUCUGGAAUUAUUCACCCGAUCUACACCUUUCCAUGAUUGUCGAAACUGCGCAAGUGUCAUGCGUAGGAUAGUGGAGAAGAAUCUGCCAGCUCGCCCUGCUGAGGAGUCCACACAAUUUCGCCUGUCAGAUGCAUGGUGGGAGAUUUGCAUGGCAUGUUGGAGACCUGAUCCUUCAUCACGUCCCACUAUAACGGAUGUCGUAGAGAAACUCAAGGCUACCACCGUCUGUACUCUUUCCUCUCGCUAA